AUCUAGCGUGGUAAGGUACAUCGUACUCUCGCGGGACAACAUUCAUUUCCUAAUAUAGAGAUUCAGGACACGGUGAACGAAGGCACAGCAUCAUCAUGGUUCGUGUAAUUAGUCAGGAAACCUACAAUGAAGUUGUUAACGAAAAUAUCGAGCAAUUUUCGAUGACUCCGAAGGAAGCAAUAGAAGACGCGAUACAACAAUUCGAAGCUCAGGGUAUAGACUUGAGCAACAUCAUUAAAGAUUUAAUUCUCAGUGAUAACAAUGAGUUAAUUUCAUCUUAUUUGAAUCAGAUUAAUAUUGCUUUAGAGGAUAAGAAUUAUGGAAAUAUUCAUCAUACAUUAGACAAGUUGAGAAAUGAAUUAGACAAAGAUAUUGCACAUAGAUUGUAUGCAGAGAAAAAUGGAGCAUAUAAUAGUUUAAUAAAACUUAUGAAAGCAUGCCUUAAUAAUGGUACUGUACUCAAGGCAACAUUGAAAGCUAUUACUUCAUUGAUGACUGGUAAUCCAGACCUGUUGAAUGAUGAGGGAAUAGCCUUGCAAAUACAGAUUUUAGAUAGAUGUCUAGAUGUUCCAACAUUACAGUGUCUUUUACGGUGGAUAAGAGAGUGCUGUAUAAAACACGAGCUUAAUAGACAGAGUAUUUUUAAUGCAGAUAUCUUCAACAAGCUUAAGAAAAUAUUAAUUCGUGAUAAUGCAUCUGGACCUGAGUUAAGAGAUGCUUGUGCCGUGAUUAGAGCCCUAGUGUUAGACGAUGACAUCAGGCAUGAAUAUGGGAAAGCUCAUGAGCAUGCAAGUGUUAUUGCAAAGGGAGCCAUCAAUGUUCUUACCGGUUUGAUGCCAAGAUAUAGAAAGGACAAAGCUGUUGUGGGUGAUUUGAUAAUAACUUUAGCUGCUUUAAUCGUCAGAAAUGAAUUUUGUCAGGAAGUAGAGGAUGCAGGAGGGCUAAAGUUUGUUAUAGACGUGAUGAUCGAUUAUCCAGAUUCAGAAAAAUUAAAUUGGCAAGCCUUGAAAUUAUUGAAAGCCCUUGCUGGGAAUGACGAUGUGAAGUCUCAUAUCAUAACUUCAGGUUGUGGACCAAUAAUUGUUUCUGCCAUAAGUAGAAUGAAAGGAUCUGAGUGUGUUGUGACUGCAGGACUUGCAUGUAUUUCCGCAUUAACAUUGAGAUGCUCCUCAAACGCUGGUGUGUUUUACGAUUGCGGAGCGCCGCUUAUAAUCAUAGACGCAAUGAAAGCUUAUCCUAAAAGCGUGAGUGUCUUGAAACAAGCUGCUUGGGCUAUCCGAAAUAUGUCUGUAAGAAAUAAGGCAGAAUGUUCAGAGUUUAUUACUCAUGGUGUAGAGGAUGUGUUGAAAAGUGCCCAUAAGCUACACGGUCCUAAACUCGAAAGUGACAUAAAAGCUGCUUUGAGGGACCUGUGUCUGAAAGUCGAACUCGAAGAACGAUGGACCGGAAAAGGUGUAUCCUUAAGCAAUGGGAUCAAUUAAUCGUCACUACAUAAAUUUCUCAGAUGUUUCAAACACAUUUAUAUAUUUUUCUUAGAAAAGUGAUAAAUAUACGCCGGAAACUAACAACUGCCAUUAGUAUAUU